CUGAGACACCGGUGCCGGCCGAGUUGGCCAAGCAUCUGGUAUCUUGCGAUGAUCAUUACGCAAACGUAUUUAUCGUGGCCUGUAGCGAUUGUCCUCGUUGGGACAACAAUUCUUACGUUGCUUCAUUGUUCGUGAAAGCCAACAGUUGCAGUAGAAUAUAGUCAUGCAUCACCAUGGCUGCCACACCACGAACAAUUCAUCAACCUAUUCAUCCAGGUCUACGGCCACAGCUUGAUCCCGAAUAUGUAGUAUUUCAUGAUGAGUAUCUGCAAUACGUAGUGCCAUCAGAAGCCGAGCCAUGGGAUCCUGUAAGCAGGACGCAUCCAUCACCAUUGUCGUUAGGAGGCCAGGAGCUCGUUGAGGUUGGUUCAGUGUGCGAUAAGGACCUCGGUGACAUCCAGAUUCGAGUUUUCAAGCCGGAGGGCGACCUGCCCGAAAAUGGCUGGCCGGCGUUGGUUUGGUUUCACGGCGGCGGUUGGGUGAUGGGUGGAUUGGAUAGCGAGAACGGCUUCUUGAGGCAUAUAUGCAAGCACGUUGGAUGUGUCGUGCUUUCCAUUAACUACCGCCAUGCUCCUGAACAUGUCUACCCAACAGCGACAAAUGACGCGCUCACUGGAUAUCAGUGGGUGAUAGACCCCGGGAACGCGAGCUCGAUAGGUAUCGAUACAUCUAAGAUAGCGAUAGGAGGAUUAUCAGCCGGUGGCUGUUUGGCCGCGAUCCUCUCUCUGCAGAUAUCACACCUCGAUCUGACUCCUCCGCCUCUGUUUCAAAUGCUGCUGUGCCCGGUAAUCGACAACACGGCCACCACGGACACUACAUGGUCAAUCUCACGACAUGCCCCCUGGCUCACGCCUACCCGCAUGACGUGGUAUCGAGAGAAGUACUUUUCGUCACCAUCAGAUAGCGCUAAUUACGAUGCCUCGCCGUGUUUCGCACCUUUGGAGCUACUAUCAAAGAGCCCCAAAACAUUUCUGGGGGUGUCAGAGUGCGACCUGCUCGCGCCGGAAGCCCUCGCAUUUGGCAAGAUGUUGGAGGCUGCUGGGGUCGAAACCAGCGUCGAGGUAUACGAAGGCGGUACGCAUAGUAUUCUUGUGCUUGCGGGGAUACAUCAGGCGGGACGGAGACUGGUUCACGAUGCUUGUGAGGCUCUGGCAAUAGCGCUCGGAACCUCGUAUGCUGCCUCGGCAGCACCAAUACUUCCGUUGGGAUAGCAGGUUUCGGCUUGAUGGCCUCACAUAACCUGAAAUUGAGUCCCCAAGUGUUUGUGUGCAGAUUUUUAUUAUCCUUGCUGCCGCACUCGGGUGCGCAUUGUUGCAGAUCAUGCAACCUACCCAAUUGUCGAAGUAGUGUUUCUCUUUAGGACUCACAUUGCCCAUCAUCUUCGCCAUUGCCACCGCUGGAAUAUUCAUCUGCUUCAUAGUCUAACAUAACGAGUUUGAUAUCAACUAGCGGUGUCAUGAUCCAGAGACUGGUUGUGAGGCUACUACUGCAUGUACCAGAUUGAAGCCAGGUGGAGGAGAUUAUUUCGGGCCAAGAAUUGGAACUCGAGUAAUGUAAUGGCGAUACCAGGGCUUAGUUCAAGGUCCAUGAAUUAGGAAUAUAAUAAAGUAGAAGAGAGACAAGUGGAUAGUUCACACCCACCA